GGGAAGAGCAGGGUCUUGCUAGCGGGAACGUGCUGCCUCCCUCUGCCGCCGGCGCGUCUUUCACAACAGAGAACACGAUCUUCCCACUUACGGCGCUAAAGUUCGGAAAACCACCAACGGCUCUUAAGCGUCACCACCCAAGGAAGACAACAGCAGAGGAUAUAUAUCCAAGCAGAAGAGAUAAAUUUGAGAGAGAUGUCGGAGAGCGCUGAGUGCGUGGAGCCGCGGGAAGAGCCGGCGGAGCCUGAAGAAGCCGCAGCAGCAGAGGAGAAGUCUGACUCUUCAGAUGCUGGAAAAGAGUCUUCUUCAGAGGCAGGUCCUGACGGACAAGAUGCAUCCUCCUCACCAACCAAAGAGUCUUCUGCAGGUUAUGAGGAGAAAGUGCAAACAGACCGGACCAACAGAUUUGAGUAUCUGUUGAAGCAAACAGAGUUGUUUGCUCAUUUCAUCCAACCGGCUGCACAGAAGACUCCCACAUCCCCUCUUAAGAUGAAACCUGGACGCCCUCGGAUCAAGAAAGAUGAGAAACAGAACCUGCUCUCUGCUGGAGACAACCGUCACCGUCGCACAGAGCAAGAGGAGGAUGAAGAACUUCUGAAUGAGAGCACAAAGACCACUAAUGUGUGCACUCGCUUUGAUGACUCUCCAUCUUAUGUAAAAUCAGGAAAAAUGAGGGAUUAUCAGGUCCGUGGUCUGAACUGGCUGAUUUCUUUGUAUGAGAAUGGAAUCAAUGGUAUCCUUGCAGAUGAGAUGGGACUGGGAAAGACUCUCCAAACCAUCUCCCUGCUGGGUUACAUGAAGCAUUACAGAAAUAUUCCCGGUCCCCACAUGGUGCUGGUUCCCAAGUCCACCCUCUACAACUGGAUGAACGAGUUCAAGCGAUGGGUGCCCUCACUUCGUGCAGUCUGUCUGAUUGGAGACAGAAAUGAGAGGAACGCCCUGGUCAGAGAUGUGCUGCUGCCUGGAGAGUGGGAUGUGUGCGUGACGUCCUAUGAAAUGCUCAUCAUUGAAAAGGCCGUGUUCAAAAAGUUCAACUGGAGAUACUUAGUCAUUGACGAAGCUCACAGGAUCAAGAAUGAGAAGUCAAAGCUAUCAGAAAUUGUGCGUGAAUUUAAAACCACCAAUCGCCUACUUUUGACCGGUACGCCACUUCAAAAUAACCUUCACGAACUUUGGGCUCUGCUCAACUUCCUGCUGCCUGAUGUCUUCAAUUCAGCAGAGGAUUUUGAUUCGUGGUUUGACACAAACAACUGCUUGGGUGAUACGAAACUGGUUGAACGUCUUCACACUGUGCUGCGCCCUUUUUUGCUCCGACGUAUCAAAGCGGAUGUAGAGAAGACUCUGCUGCCAAAGAAAGAGAUCAAGAUAUAUGUGGGCCUGAGUAAGAUGCAGCGAGAGUGGUACACAAAGAUUCUGAUGAAGGACAUUGACAUUCUGAACUCUGCGGGUAAAACGGACAAGAUGCGUUUGCUGAACGUUCUCAUGCAGCUGAGGAAAUGCUGCAACCACCCGUACCUAUUCGACGGGGCCGAGCCUGGCCCACCUUACACAACUGACCUCCACCUGGCGGUGAACAGUGGCAAGAUGAUGGUGCUGGACAAGCUGCUGCCCAAGAUGAAAGUGCAGGGUUCACGUAUACUUAUCUUCAGUCAGAUGACCAGGGUGCUGGACAUCUUGGAAGACUACUGCAUGUGGAGGAACUAUGAGUAUUGCCGCUUGGACGGACAGACGCCACACGAGGAGAGACAGAUCUCCAUCAAUGCGUACAACGAACCCAACAGCUCCAAGUUCAUCUUCAUGCUGAGCACGAGGGCUGGUGGCCUGGGCAUCAACCUGGCUACUGCUGAUGUCGUCAUCCUCUACGACUCUGACUGGAACCCCCAAGUGGACCUGCAGGCUAUGGACCGAGCUCACAGGAUUGGUCAGCAGAAGCAGGUACGAGUUUUCCGUUUCAUCACUGAAAACACCGUGGAGGAGAGGAUUGUGGAGAGGGCCGAGAUGAAACUCCGCCUGGACUCUAUUGUCAUUCAGCAAGGACGACUCGUGGAUCCAAGUGCAAACAAGAUAGGUAAGGAUGAGAUGUUGUCCAUCAUCCGCCACGGUGCGACGCAUGUGUUUGCUUCCAAGGACAGUGAGAUCACAGAUGAUGACAUUGAUCAAAUUCUGGAGCGAGGAGAAAGGAAGACAAUGGAGAUGAAGGAGAAACUGUCAUCUCUGGGUGAGAGCACUCUCAGAAACUUCACCAUGGACACGGAGAACAGCAGCGUGUACACAUUUGAAGGAGAGGACUACAGAGAGAAGAAAAAGGUCAUUACGAACUGGAUCGAGCCACCCAAGAGAGAACGGAAAGCCAAUUAUGCCGUGGACGCCUACUUUAGAGAAGCUCUGCGAGUCAGUGAGCCCAAAGCGCCCAAGGCUCCUCGUCCUCCCAAGCAACCAAAUGUCCAAGACUUUCAGUUCUUCCCUCCUCGGCUAUUUGAGCUUCUAGAAAAGGAAAUUUUGUUCUACAGAAAAACAAUAGGAUACAAGGUUCCUCGUAAUCCGGAGCUACCAAACUCAGCUACAGUUCAGAAAGAGGAGCAGGGCAAGAUCGAUGAGGCCGAGGCUCUGACGGAGGAAGAACUGGAGGAGAAGGAAAACCUUCUGCAACAAGGAUUUACUAUUUGGAACAAACGGGACUUCAACCAGUUCAUCAAAGCCAAUGAGAAGUGGGGGAGAGAUGACAUUGAAAACAUUGCCAGAGAAGUUGAGGGGAAAACUCCAGAAGAAGUCAUGGAAUAUUCUGCUGUAUUCUGGGAACGCUGCAAUGAGUUGCAGGAUAUUGAAAAGAUCAUGGCCCAGAUAGAGAGAGGCGAAUCCAGGAUUCAGAGAAGGAUCAGCAUCAAGAAAGCUCUGGACUCAAAGAUCGGUCGCUACAAGGCUCCCUUCCAUCAGCUCAGAAUCUCUUAUGGCACCAACAAAGGCAAGAACUACACAGAGGAAGAGGACCGUUUCCUCAUCUGCAUGCUUCACAAACUGGGCUUCGAUAAAGAGAGCGUGUACGAUGAGCUUCGUCAGUGCAUCCGCAACUCGCCUCAGUUCCGCUUCGACUGGUUCCUCAAAUCCAGAACUGCCAUGGAGCUCCAGAGGCGAUGUAACACUCUGAUCACACUGAUAGAGAGAGAGAACAUGGAGCUGGAGGAGAGAGAGAAGGCAGAGAAGAAGAAGCGCGGACCAAAGGGGGGCUCAGCGCAGAAACGAAAGGCAGAAGGAACUCCAGAUGGUCGGGGUCGCAGAAAAAAGCUGAAAUUGUAAAGCAACUUACAACCUGCACUGUGAGAAUUUGAAAGCGGCAGCCAGCUCCAGUACCUUUAGUCGUAGCGUGUAUUUCUCUGCGGUCUGUGAUGGUGUACUUCGUAAAGUUCCUGAUGGACUGAUCUUUUUGUGUUGGGGUUGUUUUUUUUUUUACUAGAAAGCGCUCCCUUAAGAGCCUGUGUUGUCACCUACCUAGACACUGCAGCUGUGCUGAUGUAGUUUUUUGUUUGUUAGCCCUUUUUUUUCUUACUAGUUAUUAACUGAAAUAAUUGUAUUUAUACCUGUCAGGUUGUACUGCAUUCCAUUGCGUGAUCAUAUGUACCUUUUUUAUUUUUAAAAAGAGGUUUGUUGUUUCAUCUUCUUACGUGAGGUAGAUAUUGUCCUUUUGAACAUCACAAAUAAACCUCCCCUUUUUAUAAUUAAAAAAACAAAAAAACGUCUGGUUAAAAAGAGACUCAAUCAAAAAUGACUUUUAUAUUUGGC